AUGGACAGCGGCACCAACGGUCCAGAUUCAAAUCCAAUCAAUUUCAACCUUGAUCCUUCUAUCUUGCGAGCAUCAACACCUCAAAGGCGGGUCCCACUGGUUGAACGGGUCUGCCAAUAUUUGGACAAGCAGAACUCCGACACAAAAUCUUUUAUCCUGGCGUACCUACACUCAACAAAUGAAAAAAUUGUCAGACAAAAGAAACAGUGGGCAUCAGUUACAAAAGGGUGGAAAUCUACAGAAGCAGUAUUGGAUGGAAUUGCAGACCUGGUUAAUCAGAAGCCAGAAUGUCAAGCAAAAUGGAAUGAUUGGGUUCUCAAAAAGGCCAAGAUUAUUGUAGCACAACAGUUGCCACCUCCAGGUAGCCUAUACAUCAAUGUAAAUAAGUUAGAUACAACCUUUUUUGAACACGAUAAAGCUGUUAAAAGAGAAGAAGAUAUAGUUCAAAGUAUAAACUUUCUUCAUCAGCUGAUCACUUCUAAGCUCAAACAUGAACACCAAGCUUGGAAGGUCAAGAGAAAACACCGUGCUGAGCAGACUGGUGUGGAUGUGGAUUCCAAUGGUUCGGAUUUGGAUUCUGGUUUACAAUCACCUUCCGAGACAUCUGAAGAUGAUGAGGUAAAGGAAUCACCUUCAUCUUAUGUUUAUUGA